UCCGAUCCACGGAACUUGCAUCAUAUAUACGGAAAGACGCAUGAGAUCGGCCGUGAAAUCUUGAAAAACGAUUUUCUCUUGCGAAGAAUAAUAUGGCUGGGGCUAUCGUUUCAAUUGUGGUGGAAAGGCUCGCUAGCUUGACUAAUGAGAAAUUGAAUCCUUCGAGUCGAAGGAAUCAAGUCGUGAAUAAUCAAAUUCAGAAAGCACAAAGAGAGCUAGAAUUGCUGAGUAGCUACCUCGAAGAUCCAAAUGCAAGACAAAGCGACGAUGAAGGAGUAAUUGCAGCAAUUAGGGAUGCUGCUUGUGAUUUGGAGGAUGUCAUCGCAUCUUUUCUCUUGAAAGAGGCUUCCAAUAGGAACGGGAGUAGCAUGAAGAUUAUUGCGAAAAGGUUUGCUUGCAGUUGCAUCGGUGUUGCCGCUGAUCGUCAUAAGACUGUGUCAGAAAUUAAGAGAAUUAUGGUCCAACUUUCAGAUUUGAGCUCUAGUUUAUCAAGUUAUGACAUAGCCAGGCUGGAAGCGGGUAUUGUAUACGCCACUUUUGGACCAAGGAAUCAGUUGUCGUGGCUAACAUUUUCUGAUGAUACAGACCAUAUUGUUAAUGAUUCCGAGCGCGUAUUCUACUUGACUCGGCAUUUGGUGCAAGAACAAAACAGCCCUAGAGUGCUGUCUGUUUGGGGCAUGGGCGGUGUGGGGAAGACCACACUUGCAAAAAGAGUCUACAACUAUGAUAUGGUUAGACAACAUUUUGACUGCUUGGCUUGGGUGUGUGUGUCUCGAGAAUUUCAAUCCAGAGAUGUUCUGCAAGAAAUCUUAACUCAACUUAUCAGUGCUACCGAUGAGCAACUAAGAGAGCUUGCAAAGAUGAAUGCCAAGGAAAUAGAAACACGGCUGCGUAUUACACAAAAAACGAAAAAGUGUUUUGUAGUGCUUGAUGACAUUUGGACCUGUGAAGCAUGGGAUUCUUUGAAUCUUGGGUUUCCCCGUGAGGAAACAAAGAGCAAAAUAUUACUCACUACUCGUGAUGAACAAGUAGCUUUACAUGCAGAUAGAAAGGGUUUAAUCUAUAAAGUUCAACCACUAACUGACCCCGAAAGCUGGAAAUUGUUCGAGAAGAGAGCAUUUUCUAGACGGGAUAAUGAAGACUCUAUUAGCGAAAAGGAGUCAUUAGGAAAGAAGAUGCUUGAAAGUUGUAGUGGAUUGCCAUUAGCUAUCAAUGUGCUUGCAGCACUUCUAGCUAGUAAGAAUAGGGUUGUAGAAUGGAGAACUAUGAGUGAGAAAGUUGAGGAAUACUUGAGGGGACAUAACGGAUCUGAUGUUACAUCACAGGUGAUGGCAUUGAGUUACGAUUACUUACCAGAACGCUUACAGAUAUGCUUUCAAUAUUUAGGCAAUUUUCCUGAAGAUUAUGAGAUACCAGUGAAAACAUUGACCCAAUUAUGGAUGGCAGAAGGUCUCAUAGCUCCAAUAUCUCCAGGAUCAGCAGCAAAUAUGGAAGAUGCAUCAUAUAGUUACUUGGAUGUGUUGGUAGAGAGGUGCAUGGUUCAAGUUGUAAAAUAUAGUUUAACUGGGAAUAUUAAAAUCAUUCGUCUCCAUGAUCUUAUGCUAGAAUUGUGCCGUAAAAAAGCAAAACGUGAUAACUUUCUCCAUGUUGUCAAUUCUUCUGAAGCCAAAGAGAUCCAGGCAGCAUCAUUCAACAAAGUUCGAAGACUUGCGGUCCGUUUAGACGGAAUUGGUCAUGAGUUAGCUCCGCCAAGUGAUGAAAAACAUGUUUCCCUAAGGUCUCUAUUAUUCUUUGUCCGAGGACACUAUUACUCAGACAUGUAUAGAAAAUUAAUGCGGUCACUAUGCAAGGAUUUCAAAUUGCUUAGAGUUUUGAAAUUUGAAGAUAUGAAGGCAGAACCAGACAUAGAGUUGCCGAGUAAUAUUGGGAAUUUAGUCCACUUGAGGUUUUUAAGUCUGAAGAACAGUGAAAUAAAACGGUUACCAUCAUCUGCAGCUAAUUUGGUAUGUCUGGAAACUCUAGAUUUACGUUGUGUGGAAUGGGUUAGCGUUAAAAUCCCAAAUGUGUUUCGGAAGAUGGCGAAGUUGAGACAUUUAUAUUUACCCUUGAAUCACAGAGUAACAGUAACUGAGAAGCUGUCAUUGGCCACUCUUCACAAUUUGCAGACGUUAGUCAACAUUUCAAGUCAAGAUUGUGAUUUGAAGGAUCUUAUUGUGCUAACCAAUCUAAGAAAACUAGUCCUGCAUGCAUGGGGACCAACCGAGUUCGAAACUCUGGAGAAAAUCAUGAAAGAUGGAGGCAUCACAUUUCGCCAUCUUCGGUCUCUAUCUUUGGUGACAGUCAACGGCAAUGGAGACAUACCAACACAUAUAGUAUUGGGCUGUCCUGAUCUUUUGAAGCUGCAACUGUAUGGAAGAAUCAAAGAGUUCCCAGAAGAUCACCAAUUCUCAAACCUCACCAAGUUAACGCUGGAGGAAACUGAUCUCCAGGACUGCCAUAUAGAAAGACUAGAGAAGCUAGCUAACUUAAAAGUACUUUCCCUUGGAAUGGGUGCUUUCAAGUCAGAAACUAUGGUUUUCUCCGAAGGAGGCUUUCGUCAACUUCAGUUUCUUUCCCUGCUUGGCUUAUGUGAAUUAAAGGAGUGGACAGUGGAGAGAGGAGCCAUGCCAAGUCUCUACAGUUUGCACAUCGGAUAUUGCUGGGGGUUGAGGGCAGUUCCAGAUGGACUUCAACAUAUUUCUACCCUCAAGGAGUUAACCAUCAAACGGAUGUAUCGUGAAUUCUGUAAUAGACUUGGAGAAGGAGGAGUAGAUUUCGAUACAAUCAGUCAUGUACCUUCUGUUACAAUAACAAACAUUAGAUGAAUCCAAGGCAGGCAUGAAGCUGCUGGUGUGUGUCUAAAGUUAUGGGUGGCUUGAAAAAUCUACUACACUAGAAAUGGAUGCUUAGUUAGAAAAGAUGUGAACAUGCUGUUCCAGGCGAACCUAGCCAGUUUCAAGUUAUUUGGCAAUUUUCUCAGGGAUAUCUCUUUAAGAACUCAUUUUCUGGAAAUUCAUUCUUUUUUAUUGCCAGUUCUACUUUGUAAGUUUGAUUAGUUUUUUGCAAUUUGUUUUGUUGUAAUCAUUUAAUUACUAGUGCUUUGAAUCCUAAUGGCUGCAGCGGUUGGUUUUGUGUUUCUUUCAACUGAUUUAUGUACUAUAUCUAUGUACUAUUACUUUUUCUUUGGGUUUCAUCUGUGAUUGAUUUCUUUUGUUUGAA